AUGGCAAAGGCAAAAGAAUUAAAGGAAGUUGAGCUUGAUGUGAAGCAAGUAGGAGGACCAAUUCUGGUUGCACCGGCAGAAGAAACAGAGAAAGGGCUUUACUUCCUUUCAAACCUUGACCAGAACGUAGCAGUUAUGAUUCGUACAGUUUAUUGUUUCAAAUCUGCAGGUUCAAGGGGCAACGAGGAUGCUGCAACAGUAAUCAGACAAGCGUUGUCCAAGAUUCUUGUCCCUUAUUACCCCAUGGCUGGCAGGUUAACUGUAAGUUCUGAAGGGAAGUUGAUAGUUAAUUGUACUGGUGAAGGUGUAAUGUUCGUUGAGGCUGAAGAAACAAGCUGUGAUGAGAUUGAGGAAAUUGGAGAUUUGAUCACAAACCCUAAUCCUUCAACUCUUGGGAAACUAGUUUAUAACGUUCCUGGUGCCAACAACAUACUUGAGAUGCCUCUUAUGACUGUUCAGGUUACAAAAUUCAAAUGUGGAGGACUUACUUUGGGGCUGGCCAUUAACCACUGUAUGCAAGAUGGACUGUGUGCUAUGGAAUUCGUAAACUCAUGGAGUGAAAUUGCAAGAGGCUUGGACUUAAAGAUUCCUCCUUUUCUUGAUCGCACCAUUCUCGAAGCACGCGAGCCUCCUCUUAUAGAGUUCCCUCACCAUGAAUUUGCAGAGAUACAAGACGUAUCAUCAGAUACCACGAAGCUGGACGAGAAGAAAGAAGAAGAAGAAGACAUAUUGCUCUACAAGUCCUUCUGUUUCGACCCACAGAAACAAGAACUUCUCAAGAAAAUGGCCAUGCAAGAUGGGGUUCUUCAAAAGUGCUCUACUUUUGAAGCCCUUUCUGGUUUUGUAUGGAGAGCUCGUACUGAAGCCUUGAAGAUGAAACCUAAUCAACAAACCAAGCUUCUCUUUGCUGUUAAUGGACGGUCAAGAUUCGUUCCUCCAUUACCAGAAGGCUACUUUGGAAACGCCAUACUAUUCACACAUUCACUGUGUGAGGCUGGUGAGUUGCUGAAGAAUCCUCUAUCAUUCGCAGUUGGGUUGGUUCAGAAGGCCAUUGAUUUGGUUUCAGAUAGGUAUUUGAGAUCAGCUAUAGAUUACUUUGAGACGACAAGAGCGAGGCCUUCCUUAACAGCCACGCUUUUGAUUACAACUUGGACUAGGUUGUCUUUCCAGACCACAGAUUUUGGAUGGGGACAGCCUCUGUGUUCUGGGCCUGUCACCUUGCCUGAGAAAGAGGUUGCCUUGUUCCUCUCUCAUGGGGGAGAGAGGAAGAACAUAAAUGUUCUUCUGGGUUUGCGUGCUUCUGCCAUGGAAGAGUUUGAAGCCCUGAUGAGGCAGUUAUGAAAAUCUUUCAACGAUUAUUACUCAUUAAUUUGCUUUAUUUGUGUUCCACGUCCAAUAUGUUUAAUUAAUUAAUCCUAUGUCUGUGUCUGCUCUAUAAAUUAAUGUUCUGUUGAUAUUGUUGUUAAUUAUUGAGAAAUAAUCUUGUUCUUAAGUU